AUGGCAGUGAGAAAGAUUUUGCGGGAUUUGAGUAGUGGGAAGAAGCUACUGCCCUUGUUCACUCCUACUUCUUUGCUGCAUUCUCACGCAACAAGCUUCGGAUUUAAAGAAGUACCGGAAGAAGAAAAGAGCCAAAUGGUUGGUAAUGUCUUCAGCAGUGUUGCUUCAAACUAUGAUCUGAUGAAUGAUUUGAUGAGUGCUGGACUACAUAGAUUAUGGAAGGAUAGACUGGUUGCUAAAUUGAAUCCAUUUCAAGGAAUAAAGCAUCUUGAUGUGGCUGGUGGAACAGUAAUUUGUGCCACAACCUUGAUGCAAGAGAAUAAUAAAGAGAAAAUGUUCAAUGUCCUCAAUACUUCUUCUACAUGUAACACCCCACUGGAAAGAAAGGCAAGCAUAUGGUCUUCCAUGAAUCACAUCACAGGGGAUGUUGCUUUUAGGAUCCUCGAAACUAUAAAUAGUGUCAAUCGAAGAGCCAUGCAAGAUGCUCUUGAAGACAAUUUACAGGAAGAAACUCAGAUAUAUGUAUGUGACAUCAAUCCAAAUAUGUUGAAUGUUGGUAAAAAACGUGCCCAAGAAAGAGGUCUUGGAGAUGAUGGAUCCCUCAUAUGGGUGGAAGGAGAUGCAGAAGCCCUAUCUUUUGAAGAUAAUUCGAUGGAUGGUUAUACAAUUGCAUUUGGGAUCAGGAAUGUUACACACAUAGAGAAAGUCCUAUCUGAAGCUUAUAGGGUACUUAAACAGGGGGGACGAUUCCUUUGCCUCGAAUUGAGCCAUGUAGAAGUUCCAGUUUUCAAGCAAUUGUAUGAUAAUUACUCAUUUUCGGUCAUCCCCGCUCUUGGAGAGCUCGUGGCUGGCGAUCGGGAAUCUUAUCAAUAUCUAGUUGAGAGUAUUCGUCGCUUUCCCCCUCAGGAGACAUUUGCUACAAUGAUUGCAGAGGCUGGGUUUCAGAAGGUUGAAUAUGAAAAUCUUGUUGGGGGAGUGGUCGCUAUCCAUUCAGGGCUGAAGUUUUAGCCGCUUAUUGGUGAAAACUGUAUUCAGGUUUUUUGAUCUCUCUCUUUUUUUUUUUUCUUAAUGUCAUUUUGGCAUCAAAAUUGAAAGGUGGCUUGCGGGAGGGUACAAGUCAAGUACAGAUUAAAUUUGAAAAAUUCCAGAUUUUCAGCCGUUGUCGGCAUCCCAGUGGCCAAGUGCUCUUUCCCAACCAUGCAGCAAUUGAUCAAGUCUAAUGAGUAGGGGUCCGUAAAGGUGCCAAGUAUGGCCAGUUCUUCCUCCGUAAAGGUGCCAAGCAUGGCCUGUUCUUCCUUUAACAUUCUUGAAAAAUGCCAAUGGGCUGUGUUAAGUAAAAGACAUACUUUAGAAUUUUCAUUCAAUGUGGCAAAGAGUUUGUCUACGGCAAUGUUCAUUCAUUCUAUGGACAUUGUCGACGCAAUUUUUACCUCAAAUAAAGGAUUGAUUUGAUCGAAG